AUGGAAGAUGGGCAUCCCUUGGUGCCACAACACACAGGCCGGCUUGCGCUGCCAGCGGAGGACUCGCAAGCUCUGGCCUUUCAAGGCUCAGGCACUGCGAGCGAAGCUUCACAGACUGAGCGGAGACCCGUCCCCAAGUCCUCACAGACCUUGCGUCCGGAGGAUCUAAGCUUUCGCGACAGCUGGUCAGGACGACUGGCGAAAAACGAGCGCUUCCAGCACACCACGCUGAUGGUGAUCGUCGUGAACGCCCUAUGGAUUUUCAUCGACGUGCAGUGGAACCACUCCAACCUCCGAAACGAGGUGGAUGGAAGGCUCCCACUGGAGCCCUACAGCAUCAUCGUCGAGAAUGCAUUUUGUGCCUUCUUCACUGCAGAGGUGUUGAUCCGCUUCUGCGCCUUCCGCACUUACCGGUACUGUAUGGUGGAUGCUUGGUUUCUUUUCGACUUGACUCUGGUCAUCUUCAUGGUGCUGGAGACAUGGGUUAUCUCCCUGAUCGAUCUGGCCUCGGGCGGAACUGGAGGCGGUGCCGGCAUCCUGAACAACUUCAGUAGUCUCAGGUUGCUCCGGCUGCUGCGGCUGACGCGCAUGGCUCGCUUGAUGCGUUUCUUCCCAGAGCUCAUGACGCUUGUAAAGGGAAUGGUCCGCGCGAUGCAGUCCGUCGUCUUCAUCCUGCUCUUCAUGGUCGUGGUGACCUAUGUCUUCGCCAUCGUGUUCACCACCCGGUUUGGGACCAUCGGCUUCUUCCCCAAGGACGCAAACUCCACGCUGCCGGAGCUUUUUCCAGACCUGGGCUCAUCCAUGAUGACGCUUUUUCUCUAUGGGGUGCUGGCCGACAACCUGACAUACAUCCUGGGUGAGAUCCAGACGGAAGACCUCUUGAUGAUGUGGGCCUUCAUGGUGUUCAUGGUGAUCUCGGGCAUGACGCUGCUCAACAUGCUGAUAGGCGUGCUUUGUCAAGUGAUCGAGGAUAGCUCUCAAGAGGAGUCAGAAAUGCGCCAACUCAACGAGCUGAAGGUCUGUCUCGUCGAAGCCUUCACGGCCAUCGACGAGUCCAACGACGGGACCAUUUCCGAGGACGAGUGGGCGAAGAUCGCCACAAACAAAAGGGUGCAGGCUGCUCUGUUGAAGCUCGGGGUAGAGGAGAGCAUGAUGGAGGAGAGGCUCAAGCAGAUGCAAGAGAGUCUCUUCGGCCGACGCGGCGGAGGUCAGGGCGAAGAAGAUGCCCCUCAAGACGAGGAUGAGCGCAAGGAUGGCCUCUCCUUCGAUGAGUUCGUGGAGCAGGUGAUCGACUUGCGGAUGGACACGCCUGCUGGCGCUCUCGACGUCGAGAUGCUGAAGUCCACCACCAGCUCGGAGCAUAAAACGCUCCGGCGGAGGCUCAUGUAUGUGGAGUCGGAGCUGCGGAAGAUGCUCGGAGUGCCAAAGGAGGCGAAGCUAAAGCGCCGGUCAACCUCGGAGGAUGCCGCUGAGGCCGCCUUCCAGCACCCCAAGGUCCGCGAAGAGCUUCGCGAGGACUCUGCAGCCUCGCUGAUGCAGCACGUGGAGUCGCGCCUCUCGCAAGAGGAGCCUCGGGAGAGCCUGGCGGAGGGCCUUGCAGCAUCCGACGCCGAAAGCGACGGCUGGCUCGCGGAGGUGCCCCUGGAGUUGCUGUUUCUGGUGCUGAAGGCCCGGGCGGCCCAUGAGCCGCCACUGGACGGCUGA